GUACGUUACUUGAUAUGCUUCCUCUAUAAAACAGAGAACAUUACAACAACUACCACAUCAAGCUUAUAGACUUCGGGCUCUCCAAGUGGCUGUCUAUAGGCUCGCGGAUCACCACCCUCUGUGGCACCCUGCAGUAUAUGGCGUGGGACUUGACACAUUACCUAAUUUAAAAGUGAAAUGGAUCAGUGCUUCGCACGCGUCAAUUAUUUCCCAACAAUCUCCUUCAGUCGCCAGUAGCCGCACCGUCCGAGUGAUUAUGUCAGUCGGAGGUCAGUGACCCCGAGAUGAACGCUCGGAGCAUCGCGUUCGAGCUGUCCAUGGAGGGUCGGCAGGUGGACGAGGUGGUCGCCAGCAUCUUCCAUACCGUUCUGUUCCAUCGCUCCAGCGGCAAGUUCACCUACAACAACGAGGAGAGCUACUCCAUACGCACCGUUAGCUACGUGGACGUCGACUGCGACUUUAUAGACUUCACGUACGUGUGCUGCGAGUCUGAAGCGCUCGGGAGGAACGUCAAACGGGAAAUAUCCGACUUUUCCGACUUGCUUCGCGGCGCCGAAAACACAGCUACCCCUCGCGGUUCUAUCAGCUUAGAAUUCUUUCAAAAGCGACGCGCCCGGUGGCCGUUCCAGCCCGAAUGCGUGCCGUGGGAGGUGUGGACGGUGUACUGCGAGCUGGCCGAGGCCCGCUCCGAGCACGACAUGCGCGCGCAGCACGAGGGCGUCGUCGAAAUGCUCCAAGACAAAAUAGUCUUCAUCACAGAGAUCAUCAAUCGACACGAAUACGUGCCUAAGAUGCCGAGUCGUUCCGACGCGGAUCUAAUCUUCGAUACAACGUACCCCGACAUCCAACCUUACCUGUUCAAGAUCCAUUAUAAUUUGUCUGGCGCGCCGCCGCUCACGGUGGGCAACACUGUCCGCAAGCUGAUCCGAGAUACGCUUUCGUUGUGAUGUCUGCCUCUAUACUAUCUAUAACAUGUUUGCACAAAACAUCCUCUGCGUUUAAUGUGCAUUCGAAAUGACCCCCAAUUUAAAGGCCCGGGUAAUAAAAAAGCGGGAUUUAAACUGCCUUGACACGCUUACACUAGCGUAGUAAACUGUCUGGGUCAAAGUGUAUCAAAAGGGGCCCCUAAAAUAGAACCAGUGAUGCCCAAAUACCCUAUUUUUCGGCUAUGUCUAAAUCGUGUGAUAUAAAUAUUCGCUAUUCCGCUUUAUAUAAAUAUUAAAUUGUACAUCAAAAUUUUAAUCGGACAUUGUAAAUUGUAAAUAAUGAUGGACAAUUAUAAAUGUAAUUAUGUAAUUCAUGUUUUAUUCUAUGUAAUAAGGCAAGUGUAAUGUUUUUUUUAAAUCUUGACAUACAUAAUAAUCCUUGAUAUACGCAGCAAUAUUAACAAAUUAUAGAUUGUACUUAUGUAAAUGUUUUUGGUCGCACAGUUAUUAUUUUUCGUAAUUAGAGUUUGUUUGAACCGUGGAGCCGUGUCGUACUUGUUUUAUUUAUUACCAACACGGCUCUACGUAUGUAAAUAGUUUUGUUUGUUUGUAAUUGAUAAUAACAAUACUUUUGCUAUUUUCUUCAAGCGAUUUUUAAUGCAGAAGUAAAUUUAAUACAAAAAUGGUGGAAUGAAGCAAAAGUAUUCGUUCUUACGCUUAUGAAAGCUAUGUCUUUAAAUCUUAGUAAGUAAAUUUAGUUGUAAUUUUUUCAGAGCUAUGACUCAGAAGGCUGGUUGAUGUGUCCACUCAUUUAUAUGAUUUAUUUAAGGUCGCCUAUGGUUUACUUAUGAGCUCGCUUCGGAGGAUUCACGUUCAUUGUGCACUGUAGAAGUUCCAAUAGUUAGUUCUCUAGUUAUUUAUGACGAGAAGAAACAAUAUAUUGUUGCAAUUAAUAUAGUUUUAUGGGGUAGGUAUAUUUAUUAACCCGCGACACCAGUGUAAAUGCACGAUAAAAUGUUUAAGUAAGUAUGUAUAUCUAUUUGGUGGCAGUCUGUGUAUAGUGUUUGCUAUUGUAGGACGCUUAGAGAUAUCGCUGAGUGAUGCACUCACUCAGCCUAAUUUAGUAAAGUCAUUUGACUAUUUCGUGUGUAUUUUUAUAUUAAAAAAUAGAAGCUUUUGUGAUAUAGCUAACGAAAAAUAAAAUUUAUGAAUAAAAAAACAUAUUUCGGAAUUAUUUUAUAUGUGAAAAGUAAUUUAGAUUUAUACUUAUUGAGCCAUUGUCGAGAACUUUAAAUAUAUGUAUUCUUAGAAUUGUCAGUGCACACUGUGUAUAAUAGUAUAACUACAGUGUUAAGACCUUGUACAGAUCAACUUAUUGUAGAUUUUCUCAUUGAAUUAUAUUAUAAAACCGAGUUAUAUUAAGGUAUGUUAGAGAUCUAGAUGUAAUCGUCUCAGUGAUCGUCUAUUUGGGUGUGUGUAGUUUUAACUAUAGUUUAGAUAAAGGUGCAUGAAACUUCUCAUAGUGGUAAGAAUAGUAGAUGUAUUAGUUUGCAAUUUUGUGUUGUUUUAAAUUAAAAAGAUUUUCCUUUUAGUUUAUCGUCGUUAUUGUUCUUUUGAAUUUAAUCUUUAACUUUUGAAAUGAAUGUGUUUUAGGCUCCACGUAUAAUGUGGAUCAAAUUCUAAAUUAGCGGGCCUAUUAUAGUCGCCUUUAUCACGUGAUAACGACAAGAUAAAGCAUACGCACGCCACUUUCUGAAACUAUUUUUAUACUUAAAAGGUACUAACCAGAGGUAGUAGUAGGUAGUAAUAAAUAUCAUUUAAUAUUUGACUCUCCUUGAUUUUGUCUGUCAUUGAUCACUCGAUAAAGGCUACUAUAACACGUCUUUAGUACGGCUAUGAUGGCACGGCAAAAGUAUGUAAUUAUGAGAGGAACACAUCGUUUUAAAUACAGCAGUAAAUGCAAUAUUUUCCGUGGAACACUCCCGCAACUCAACGUUGCAAUUUCAAAGAAUUUCUAUGGGGGUUGUUCCACGGACAAAUAGGCCCGCAGAAUAACGUACAGUAAGCUGCAGAGAUAUCACCCCCUGCAAUAAAGUUUCAAUGCAGGCGGGUUCAGUUAUCUGCGCAGACUAGACUCCGCAUACAGUACACGACAUAAAACGUUCUAAAUGUACACCUAAACCUUGAUUUUGUCAAACAAUGGUUUUUGUUUCCAUUAUUUGGAGGUCAUUCGACGGGCGUUGCCACGAGUCCAUCCACGAACUUCUGAUUGUUUACUCCUACCUCAUUUUGUGACUAGCAUAGGCGUGUUUGCAUCUCGAUUGGAUUAUAGUACCUAUCUAUUUAUGUAUAUUUAUCACUAUAUAACUUUGUCACCAAAGAUGAGGCUGUACAUACCUUUGAAUCUUUUUUAAAAUUCUGAAGGUUGGACACUUUUUUAUUUUUACUGAACUGAUGUACAUUUUUGAGGGUGACAUACGUUACAUGGUACCGUGCUCAAUUGCUCAAUGCACUUGUUUAAGUACUCUUUUUAUACAUUUGCCCGUGGGGUGUCCUAUCGCUCGCUGGCGAGAAUCAGCGACAUCAAAAUCGCUAUGAUAAAGUUAAAAUUAAGUUGCGAAAUGACUGUUAUUAGAUUUUAAAGGAAUCAGCGCGGGCCAGUCUCGAUGUAGCGUAUGUCAUCCCACUUGUAGCAUCUCACCAUUUUUCAUAUCAGGGAGUACCUAACAUAUUAUUUACAAUAUUGGUGAUAAGACAAUAUAUUUUAUUCGAUUGCGUGCCUCAUUCAAAAGUUGGAAGUGUGGAGCACAUUGUAAAUAGUAAUUUGUGUCGUUCUUAACGAAAAGGCACCUUAGUGGAGGCGCUUACGACAUUAUAUACCAUGCUCCAAUACUUCAAAGUAAGCGCCUACUGCACUAUAGCCUGAGUUAAGGAAUUUUAGAGAACGUAAACAAAUCAAAAUUGAGGAAAAACCCAUUUGUAUUUAUUACAUAAUUGGCCAAAUAAAGUAGGUAGUUUUUUUGUUUGUUUACAUUCUUUAAAACUCUAAAAUGACAUCAUCGAACAUGAAUAAUUUCGUACAUUCACCUCUUACUUGUCUCUGUUACUCGCGCGGAAUGUUGCACGUGUGCGACCGCAAUAUAAUUUUGAGUGAGCAAUAGAGAUAUCAAAGGUCAAUGUACGACAUUCUUCGUGCUGUUUUAUAGACUAUGCGGUCCCUUUUCCUUAAGAACGUCAGUUUUCUGCACAUUGUAACUUGCUAUGGCCUUAUUUGAAAGAAUAUAUAUGUAUGAAGAGAAGCUGAAUACAUGACGGCUGUUACAUAUUAGAUUAUAUGAGAUGGCGACACGGGAGGUAUAUGUUGUGAUGUGUAAGUUCAAAAUAAGCUGAAAUCUUAGUCUUGUGAUAAUUUAUAUAUAAAUAUAUGAAUAAACAAUGAAGUAUUA